AUGCUGAAGCACAGAAUGGCAAAGGCCUCGAUGAAAGGUAUAUUAGAUAAAUGUGGUAUGGUAAUCAGCUGAUUAAUAAUUUCUGGGAACUUAAAGUUGGAUCGCUAGAAAAAAAAAUUGUGAAGAGAGUAAUACCUAUUGCUCAAAUCUGUCUCAUGCAUGAUUUUUAUGGGUGAAAUCCCUCACCAGAAUUGUUUGUUUGCUGUUUCUUUUUUGUCUUUUGUUGGUCAUUUUGUUGUUUUCUCUUGGGUCACUUGAUACAGAUGGAUUUAUUUUUGAAACAGUUUAAAUGUAACAACCUCCCCCACCCCACCCCUUUACCUCAUUUCCCUCCAGUCAUAAGAGUCUCUUACUUUGUUUAAACCAAAAUCCAUACAGAUGUAAUCAAAGUUGAAAGUAAAAGCCAAAUUCUAUUCUUGGUUCUCUGGAUGCUUAAACAUAAGGUAGAGCUUUCUAUCAAAACGCAUAGAUCUCGCUAAGAAAUUAUAAAAGUAUUGGAAAAUAAUAUGCGAGGAACCAUCUUGAAACAAGACUUUGACUGAGAAUUAUUAAACUACCUUGACUGUAGGUUUUUGUUGACAACAACAAUCUUUCGUUAAGAAAUAUUGUGUGUUAAUUUUGUGAUCAUUAAUUACCAAAUUUAAGAGUAAAUUUUUUGGGAAAAAAAUUCUCAGAGAGAUAUGGCACACAAAUUACAAUAUUAUAGUCAUAAUAAUUUACUUUUCUCCCCAUGGUUAUUUAUUUAUUUAUUUAUUCAAAAUUAAGUGUGCAAAAAUGCAAAUGAAAAUCAUAAUUUCAAGAUUAAAACAAUUUUUUUUCCAGCGGGUUGAAUAUUAUCUAAAAGAUAAACACAUCAGUAGAAAGAAUAUUCAAUAAGCUGCUCAUAUCAUGCGGCACAGUUUUUCAUACAAAUAACUCUUCUUAAUCAUUUUCUGUGACCCUUUGAGCCCUAGAAGUGACAAACUUCUAAUUUUCCCAACAAUAUAAUCCCGGGGUAAAACAUUAAGGUCACGUGAAUAAAGGAAAUAAUUACCAAAUAAAGAAGCUCUUGAUUUUUGAACAAAGUCUCCUUGCAAGUUCGUUAGGAAAUGUAUAGAGAACAGUACAAAGAACAUGCAUACUGAAGGGUAAAAAGGGUUAAACUCACUUGAAUAGGCCAUUUUACAGUAGUUUACCUAUUGAUCUUUCAACGAUGGAUCAAACUUGGUUAGAAUUGGUCGAAAAACCAUUUUUAAGCCUUCUCUUAAACAUUGAAGGAAAAAAAUUAAAGAAAAAGUUUUACCUUCAUGAUUCUUUUUUCUAAAAGCUGCACCCUUACCUGAAUCAAAUAAACAAAUUGUUUGAUGUUAUAUCACAAAAAUACCCAUUUUAACGUUUUAAAAACGAAAUAUUGGAAAAGAUGUACAGCUUGUUGGAGGAAUUCGCAUCGUAAAAACCUCUUGGAUUCAAAUGGUUAUCUAUCAAUAAGCUAUCAGAAUAAGGGUCCUUUAAGACACUAUUUGAAAUGAUGCUAUUUAUCCAUUUAUUUCCUAAUUACUAGGAAACUUAACCCUGAAAUCAAGCGAGGAGGUAAUCACUGAAGCGAUUGGUCAGCGGUUCAAACGGGAAACCCCAGCUGACGGACCACACGAUUUUCCUAACCCUUCAUUCAAUUUUACAGACCUACCGUACAAUUAUACAGAUCUGCCAUUCAACUUGACGGAGAUUUUUGGAAAUAAUUCACCAUUCAACUAUACAGACAUCUUCGGUAACAAUUCUCCAUUCAACUACACAGACAUCUUCGGUGAAAACUCACCUUUCAAUUAUACAGAUCUAUUCGGAAAUGGUUUACCACCAUUUAAUUUCUCGGCUUAUAUGGAAGAAGCUAUGAAAGAAUUCACCAUUGGCUUGCAGGCGAUGCUUCAAAGAAGUUUCAACGCUUGCGCAUGCUCACAAGGACCACCUGGACCACCUGGCGAACGAGGAUUCAUGGGUCCACCGGGAAUUAGAGGAGAAAUUGGAUUCAAAGGAGAUGCCGGGCCACCGGGUACCCCAGGGAUGAAGGGGGAUACCGGCCCACAGGGUACUCCAGGUUUUAAAGGAGAUGCUGGACCACGGGGUAACACAGGUAUGAAGGGCGAACCAGGCCAAACAUGUUCAGCGCCGAAAGUAACCAUCUCUCCAAGGAAGCUGACUGUUUUAAAAGGAACUAUUGCCUCUUUUAGAUGCUCUGCUAGUGGAAAUCCAUGGCCUCGAGUAUCCUGGUCUAGAGCUGAUGGAUCGUUACUUAACAAAAACGCCACGGUAACCUCAGAUGGGCUCAUAACGAUUCCCUCCGUCCGGCUGAUGGAUGCUGGGAGGUACACUUGCACGGCGGAGAACAUUGUGAGGAAGAUUGAAGAAACAGUUGAUCUGGUUGUACAAAGUAGGUUGCGAUGAUAUAUUACUACCAUUCGAAAAAAUCACUAAUUAUUAGAUUCUAACUUCGCAAAACUUUCCUAUGUUAAUUUCAGAAAAAAAAGCUUAAUAGCUUUUGUUUUACAUUUUUGCAUAUUACUACUUAAUACUCUGUUACCCUACCCCCCCCCCUUCCACCCCAUGAAGCUUACUCGAGAUAUUUGACUUUUGAGUUAUAAAUACUGUUUUUUGAAAGCUUAAAGGUUUCUUCAUAAUUAAAAGUUUCCUUGUCAUCAGCUUUAGUUGCACUUUCGCUUAAUAAUGUCCACUUAUAAGUAUAUCGAACACAUAUAGAAAGAGACAAAAGCCGUUGACAGAUCGGUUCAGCAUUUCCUUCACGAUAAUUGAAGAUUCAUACAUUUUUAGUUACGAAUAAACAUUGACAGGGACGAGAAAACAAUGGUUAAUGGCUAACAAUUCUGCAGUUUCUAAUACAUGUGUUGUAACUGAGUCUUUUGCUUCUAAACUCUGAUGCAGUAUAUCAAAUUCAUAUUGUAGAAAGACCUUACAGUUGAUCCCUUCUGUGAGUGAAAGGUUUAAACACUGGAUGGAAAGUCACUUAUCAGUACGUUUUGUUUUUUUCGAUACGUUCUCAUGCACUAAGACAGAACAUUAACUAGGAUAUUGGAAUCUAAACAGACUGAACAGUGUUCCUUGUUAUUUCUCGCCAGGCUCACCAGAGGUUUCUCUUUCAUUUGGGCCAUCUUUCGUUCUCGAGGGCAAAGCUAUCACUCUUCCAACAUGUUACGCAAAUAAUAGCGUUCCUCCAGCGAUAUUCACCUGGUUUAAAGUUGAUGACAAUCUGAACCAAGAUAGAGCCGUUCCUAGAAACGGGCAACUGUCAAUAACGAAUGCUAGAAUGGAGGAUUCUGGUUUGUACCAGUGUAUGGCUUCCAAUAGCAUUGGAUAUCAUUCGGCGUACACUAAGCUGACUGUUGUGACGAUGCCAAAGUUUACGGUUCGUCCACCUGCCAAACUUGAAGCAACUUCAAACAAAACUAUCACCGUCCGUUGCCAGGCGACCGGUCAACCCAAACCUUUUAUCACGUGGGCGAAGAAGGGUGGAGAAUUGCCCAAAGGAAGAUCAAAUGUCAGCGAAGAUGGAACACUUCAAAUCUGGAGCCCUGAAAGUGACGACUCGGGGAGAUAUACUUGUACUGCAUCUCUGGAACAGAUUUCCGUUAAUGUGGCCUCUGUUAUGGAACUAACUGUUAAGAUCAAGAAAAGAGGUCAGUCACUAACCCAAUCGUAAAACAUGAUUAUCUCAUGAACUAAACGUUUGGGUCAAACACAAGAAUGUCGGGCUUUGUAAGAUUCUGAUGACCCCCACUGGCAAUCAAUCUUCUACAAUCCCCCCUUUAUACUCUAUAUGCGACGAUUGACUUCCCCCCCUAUCCCCCUUCCAUUCCCCCUGAAACUCAUAUGAUCUCCCAGAAUCCUUCACCCACUUCGGGUAAUAAAUAAUGAUUUCUCUGGGUAGUGGUUAUUUGUUGGUUUAUUACAUUUCAUUUUUUUGCUUCUUUUUUCAGUAAGCACGUUCAAGUUUCUUAAAAAUAUUCAAAUAACCUAAGUUCUCAUCCCUAAAUAAUCCAAAUGAAUGACGAUCUUUUUCUCAGUGUGUGAGGCGAUCGGUGUACAGAAUAGAUACAAAGUACCAGAUAGCAGAAUGACAGCAAGCUCUUCCUUCGCUGGACAUUUCGAUGCAUCACGUGGAAGGCUCUGGAACCAAAGACAAGGAGGAUCAUGGGAACCCAAAUAUCCCGCAAAUGUCGGGAAAGAUUGGCUUCAAGUCGAUUUGGGUUCAAUACUGUCUGUCUGUGCAGUGGCCACUCAGGGUAAUGGCUGGAUUUAUCCUGACUGGGUCACUGCGUAUAAAAUCAAACUCUCGACGGAUGGAAAUAUAUGGAAAUUCUAUCAGGAAGACGGUGUGGAUAAAGUAAGUAUAUUCAAAUUGCUUGGGCUGCAAAGUGGGAUUUUCUAACCGUUGCUAUGCAGUGUUUUUGCAAUUUUCUUCAAUGUGUAACUUAAACGAAAUUUAGUGAGCUUGUCUAUAUUUAUAACUCAAAUUAAAACUGAGAUUGUUCUUUUCAGUUUUUCUUUUUGACGAAGAUUACAUUUGAGUAUAAAUCAUUUAUCCUCUGAUUUUCUUUCUUUUUCUUUUCUUGUUUUUGUUUUUGUUUUUUCUUGCCUUGCUUUUAUUUGUUUCUCCGGAGUCGAUUAUUGAUAAGGCGAUAAGAGCAGCAUAUUGAAAUACAGUCUUUGUUUCCUUUGCUGUCCAAAAACCAACCCCUUAAAAAUAAAUCACAUCGAAAUAAUGAGAGAUCAUACCUUCAAAUUAUUGUCCCUCUUUAUAUUUGUUUCUAUUUAUUUGACUUACGGUUGCACUUUCAGCUUUUUUUUGGUUUUUUAUUCCUGUUUGUUUGUCUUUUGGGUGUAUUUUGUUUAGAAAUUUUCUCUUUUGAUAAGGUUACAUUCCUAAGCUGUGUUCUUCUCUUGUUUUAAACUCACAGAUAUUCACUGGAAACACAAAUGCAAAUGAUGUGGUAAAGAAUUUCCUUUCACCUUUUGGCGUUGCCAGAUAUGUUCGAUUUUACCCCGUGAGAUAUAACACUUACCCGUCUUUAAGAGUUGAAAUAUAUGUUUCAAAAUACAUAUAACCUACAAUCUUGAAACUUCCAUAUCAUUUGAAACUGCCUUUAAAUCACUCCCGAUAUUAUAACAGGGUACGUACCAACUAGCUUUAUAUGAAUAUAUUUUCAGUUUUGAAUGAGGCUGUAGUUGUCUUACAGAAGUUCCUGUUAUUUGGACUGAAAUUUUUAUUAUCAAAGAAUUUUUGUGUCAAAUCUGUGAUAUAUUGAGUGAAAAGCGGGUUUUCUGCAUCUGGUCUAACGAAAUGCUACACUAAGAAGCCUCAGAUAACACUGACGUAUAAUCAGUGCGACUUGUUGUUUAAUUACUCUGAAUCUUUUCCAUGA